GAAGGAAGUGGACUUUUGCGCAAGCGCAAUAGCCAAACACGUUAUUUUUGAGUUUGACAAAACUAACUGGAUGUAUUAAUGUUUAUAUUGGUUCAGCACGUCUUUUGCGUUGCUUAUUGCCUCGGUUUUACUCAUGCAGGUCUCUGCUUGCGCUGUUAGCAGUUGCUAUUAGCUGUUGCUCAAACCAGGCGAGAGAAUUCAGUAAAAAGCGUAAAGAAAGCGAACUCAGCCCUCUGUGAUUGUGGCAGCAUGGCAGCUGUAUUGGAGCUUAUAGCUGGGAGCUACGAGCAGAUUACCUUUGGCUACCGGGUGAAAACUGAUGAGAAAGAGUGGACAGUCAAGGCAAACUUCACGCAUCACGCCCACACAGCAUCCAUAUCAGCUGUGGCAGCCAGUGAGAGGUUUGUUGUCACGGGAAGCAAAGAUGAGACCAUGCAGCUGUACGACAUGAAGAAGAAAACAGAACACGGAGCUUUGCUGCACCACGAUGGCACCAUCACCUGCCUGGAGUUUUAUGGUUCGUCUCACUUACUGAGCGGAGGAGAGGAUGGACUCGUAUGUGUGUGGAGCACGAAGAAGUGGGAGUGCCUGAAAUCCAUCAAAGCUCACAAAGGCCCUGUCUCAUCGCUGUCCGUCCAUCCAUCUGGGAAACUUGCACUCACAGUUGGAACAGAUAAGACUCUCAGAACGUGGAAUCUAAUUAACGGAAGAUCAGCCUUCAUCAAAAACAUAAAACAGAAUGCACACAUCGUCAAAUGGUCUCCAGAUGGGGAUAAAUAUGUGGUUGUGGUGAAUGACAAAGUGGACAUUUACGAUCUGCAGACGGCCUCUGUGACAGGAACGAUCACAAACCCCAAGAGGAUCUCAUCUGUUAAGUUCUUAGAUAACUCCAUCCUGGUCAUUGCAGGAGAUGAUGAAAUUGUGAGGUUAUGUGACAUAGGAAAAGAGAAAUGGGUGUGUGAGUUUAAGGCUCAUGAAACCAGAGUGAAAGCGGUUGACAGUUUCAUGAUGGAGGAUUACUGUGUGAUAGUGACAGCUUCAAAUGAUGGAUUCAUCAAAAUGUGGAAACUCCAUCUAAAAGAGGACCUGGAGACUCCCGUACUGCUGGGGGAAGUGGAUACGUCAGCCAGACUGACAUGUCUCGCUGUGUGGAAACCUUCGUCAGCGCCUUUGUCAUCCUCUGCUGAAGAACCAGCAGCUGAGGCAACAACAUCCAAAGAACUUGCUCAGGAACUUUCAAAGACAAAGAGAGUACGAAUUGCAGCAGAAGAAGUCAUUCUAGAAGAUGAGAGCAAACCCAAAAAGAAGAAAAAGGAUGGUGGAAAAUGAAACAUAAAAUGAUAAAUAUGUUUUAUUAUUCAUGGUCUGUUUCAUAUGUGGCCUUAUUUGUUCUCUUGUGUAUUUGCUUUUUGUGGUUCCCACAGGUGAUCAAGUACAGCUUUUAGCACAGAUUUUAUUAAAAUGUUUGCUGUCAACACUGAAAAGAGGAAAAAAGGAUGAUGGAAAGUAAGAAGGGCAGUAAUAAAAUGUUUUAUAAUCUAUGA